AUGGCGCUGGGUUUACUGCGCGUGCCUGCGCUCAUUGGUGGGGGUAUCACGGCGGCUGUUGUGUAUGUUCAGUAUAAAGUUGAAGAGGGUACGCGCUACGGAAAAGAUCUAUUGAAGCAAGGCGCAGAAUAUGUCGGUGGGACUUGGGAGUUCGUCAAGACUCGCGUUGAAGGCGCAACGGAUUUUGAGCUGCCGGCGUUGGAGAUGCCGUCGUGGAUGGCCAAGGCGCUACGAUUUGAGGAGGCUGCAUCAACCAAAGACAAAGCGCAAGGUGAGGGAAGUGGCGGCAAUGGUCCGAAUCAUGAUAGCGAAGCAGCUGCAGUCAUUGCCGCCGGAACAGCAGCGGCGUACACAUCAAGUGAUGAAGAACUACCGCGCAAAGCACCGCGUGACGAUCAGAUGAUGGUACUGACGCGCAAGAUGAUUGAGAUUCGCAACUUGCUCAAACAAGUAGAUCAGACGGAAGCUCUGACAUUACCGAGUAUCGUUGUGAUUGGAUCACAGAGUUCUGGCAAGAGUUCAGUGCUCGAAGCACUGGUCGGACAUGAGUUUUUGCCAAAGGGAACGAAUAUGGUGACACGACGACCCAUUGAGUUGACACUUAUCAACACGCCUGGUGCAUCAGAGUAUGGUAGCUUUCCAGCGUUGGGACCAACCAAGAUUACAGACUUUUCGCAAAUUCAGACCAUGCUGACAACCAUGAAUAAAGCGGUGUCUGAUGAAGAAUGCGUAUCGGAUGAUCCAAUUCAGCUCAACAUCUACUCACCGAAUGUCCCAGACUUGACGCUGAUCGAUUUACCCGGCUACAUCCAGAUCCAAUCAAAAGACCAACCAACAGAUCUGAAAUGGAAGAUAGCAGAGCUAUGCGACAAGUAUAUUCAAGAACCCAACCUCAUCUUGGCAGUCUGCGCAGCGGAUGUUGAUUUGGCGAAUUCGCCUGCCCUACGAGCAAGUCGAAAGGUAGACCCACUCGGCAUUCGCACCCUCGGUGUCGUGACAAAGAUGGAUCUCGUGACGCCCGAUCGUGGCGUUGCAACACUCAAAGAUGCCAAUUACCCACUGAGUCUCGGAUACAUUGGUGUUGUUUGUAAAGCCCCACAACCGUCGACUUCCCUGUUUCGUCGAGAAUCGGCGUUGGAGGUCAUGUCACGCAACGAGCGAGCAUUCUUCAGUGCAUCAACUGAGUAUGCAGACUGUGAUGUCGGCACGAGCACACUACGAAGCAAACUCAUGAGUGUCCUUGAACGUUCCAUGGCGGCCAGUCUACAACGCACCUCUGAUGCUAUUCGUCAGGAACUCGAAGAAGCUGCCUACCAGUUCAAAGUACAGUACAAUGAUCGCAGCUUGACGGCAGAGACGUAUGUCGCAGAAACGAUUGAUGCAUUCAAGCAUGAUUUCAAGGCCUUUUCAGCGACGUUUGGUAAAUUGCAAGUGCGCAGUAUGUUGAAGGCAGAACUAGAUCAGCGUGUCUUGGAGCUGGUAGCAGAGCGGUAUUGGUCAGAUCCAAAGAUGAUUGCUUGGGCAACACAACCAAACGCUGAUGCGCAUUGGAGUAGAAAAUUGGAUGCAACGCAGUCUGCAUUGACGAGAAUGGGUGUUGGCCGGUUAUCGACGACUCUGGUGACAUCACGCCUUGCAUCAGAGAUGGAGAAUCUAGCAAAUGCCGGAUCCUUGCGCAAUCAUCCAUUUGCAAAGGAAAUCAUCUGUCAUGCUGCACGGGAUAUCAUGAAUGCACGAUAUCACGGGACUGCUGAGCAGGUGGAGAAUUGCAUCAAGCCGUACAAGUUUGAGGUGGAUGUGGAGCGUGAGGAAUGGCAGGCGAGUCGACAACGUGCGGCGCAGCUGAUGGAGGAGGAACUCAAGCUGUGCAGGCGCAGCUAUGCGGCAUUGUCGAAUGCCGUUGGAGCGAGACAACUAGCGCGCGUGAUGGAGUAUGCGGCCUCGGGAAGAGAGACAAAGGAGAGUAUGGGCUACAGUCAAGCACUACUUGAGAAGGGCCGGCAAGCAUCGUUCUUGACGGAUCGAGAAGCAGUCUUGUUGAUGCGAAGCAAGUUUCUGCGGUCGAAAGCGUGUGCGACGACAGAGGGCAAGUAUGUCUGUCCAGAGAUAUUCUUGGAUGCUGUUGCACAGAAGCUGACGCAAACGGCGGUGCUGUUCAUCAAUGUUGAGCUGCUAUCGGAGUUCUUUUACCAGUUUCCACGGGAGCUGGAUCAUCGGUUGAUACACAACUUGAGCAGACAGCAGGUGGAGCUGUUUGCAAAGGAAGAUCCCAAGAUCAAGGCACACAUUGAGCUGCAGGAGAAGAAGGAACUGCUGGAGUUGGCAUUGACGAAGAUGGAGAGUGUGAUGCAGAUUGAGAAGGACAAGCAGCAGGACGAGCGGAGACAGGGCGAUGGGCAGACUGCUGCUGGUGGUACAGGCAGUCCACCCGCCCGGCGUCCCUACUGGAAGUCCUAG